CUACACAUGUUCGUUUGGUGGACCUAAGGCUUGCUGUUAUCGACACAGGAGCCCCAAACAAGMGAAACUUGAUUGCAAAGCUUGCCAUUUAUUUUGUAGAGACUGAGGAAAAAUUUCCGAAGCAAUGGCAGAGCACCACAAGUCGUUAAAACAAACAAACAAACAAACAUUGAAUAAAGAUUAAGAUGGUGAAAAACAGUUGGUUUGAAAAGCAGUAUGUUGGAAGUUUCCUACAGGAAAAACUGUUGGCAUUGAAAUGGGAGAGCUAUGUAAARCUGUACUGCACAACCGAUGGGAAAGGAGGCCUUGGACAGMUUGCAUUAGCGAAGCARUAUACGAUAAAUGAUUACUUAAAAUACACAAAACAUAUUGGAGAACAGCUUGGGUUCGUAAACGGUCACUCAAUGUUCGACAAUGGAUGUGGAUGUGGCGCUUUUCUAUYAGCGUUCAAUCAGACGUACAUGAAUGUCAGAGUUGGAGGUCUCGAUAUCAGCACAGGCGCAAUUGCCUUCGCCAAGAAAAUYUUCUCUAACCAAAAACGUAACUUCCAGGUUGGUACUGUUSAGGAUUUAUCGUUUGUCAAAGACGCGUCUUAUGACCACGCUAUGACGUUUUGCACGUUCCCUUACGUGAGCCCUGAAAACCAAUGCAAAGCGGUCAAAGAAAUGUUGCGUAUUGUCAAACCAGGGGGGUCACUAUACAUCGGUCAUAACCUUGAAAUGGAGUGCUUAAAGGACCAUAUAGGAACGUACACAUUGCCGUUGUGUUUCUGGAAUGAGCGCUGUUUAAACGGACACGAUGACGUCCAGGAGAUUUAUUAUAUGAAGGAAAAAGAACUGUUUGAUGAAGUGAAAUACUGUCCAGAGAAGACAGCGGUUUUUAUUCAUAAAAAGGGUCCCAGAAAGAAACUGUUCCUCAGAGAUGCAAGGAGAUAUAGUUGUGACAGUAAAUACCAACCGAGUGGAAGGGAAUCAGUCAUCAAACCUCCAUAAAAAUCUCAUGUCAUUCUGUUAUAAAAGAGAAAAGAGUUUGCUUGCAAAGC